AUGCCUAACGUAGGGCUGAAGGAAAAGUCCAAGCGGACGACUACUCAGUCUCCGUUCGAGAACAAUACAGCCAAUGUCCGGCCGGAGGAUUCAGAUGUCGAGAUGGAAGAUGAAACCAGCUCAGAUGAGGAUGAUGUUCCCGAAAAAGACGAAGCGGAAAAGAAGCUGGAGCGCAUGCUCUUCGGCGACGAUGAGGGGUUCAUGGGCGCAUUAAAGAACCAACAGGACCGCGAAGCUGGAAUGGCUCUCGCUUUGAACAGUGACGACAGCGAUGCUGGUGAAGAUUCUGAGGGGGGCGAGGCUCAAGAUCUGGCUGAUAUGGCCGAUUCAGACCUUUUCUUCCUCGAUUCAGGUGCACCUACCACUACCGAUUUCAUUCCCUCUCCGGAUGGCGCAUCGGAUGCCGAAGAGGAACAAGAGGAUGACGAGCCCGCAGUGUGGUACGACAGCGACGAUGAUCGUCUCGCCGUGUCGCUAGCAAGCCAAGCCAAAUUGCGCAAAUUGCGCAACACCGAGGCCGAAGAUGUCGUGAGCGGCAAGGAAUACAUCCGACGACUGCGCAGACAGUUCACUCGCCUACACCCAACCCCAGAAUGGGCAACCCCCGAGCAGAAGCGCCGCAAGACCGACUCCGACUCCGAGGAAGAAAUCGACUCAGACAACGAGAACGAGCAUCUAUCCAUGCAGCCGCUGGCCAAACUCCUUCAAAACGCCUCCGACCUAACCCGGAUAGAAGACAACUCGCGCUCUGGAAAGCGCAAGCUGCGCCAGGAAGUCAUCGACAUCCAGCGACUGAAGGACGUCGGCAAAUCGCAACCCUCUUCCGUCGACUCCCUGAACUUCCACCCGCAUUAUCCCCUCCUGCUCUCCUCCGGCCCGGCAUCAACCCUCUUCAUGCACCAUAUCUCCCCAUCCGCACCAGCCCCCAACCCCCUCCUCACUUCCCUGCACAUCAAGCGCACCCCCAUCCACACUUCCGCUUUUGCCCCGCCAACCGGAAACAAGAUUUUUGCCUCCGGCCGCAGGCGCUACUUCCACAUCUGGGACCUGGACACCGGCAAGAUCGACAAGGUCAACGGUUCCGCCGACAGAAAGGAAGAGCAAAAGUCCAUGGAGCGCUUCAAGCUCUCUCCUUGCGGACGCUUCGUCGGCCUCGUCGGAACCUCCCGCAAGGGCGGUGGUCUCAUCAAUGUUCUGGACGCAACCACGGCGCAGUGGGUGUCACAAGUGCGCGUCGACGGCCGUGGCGGUGUAGCUGAUUUCGCAUGGUGGUCUGACGGCGAGGGUCUGACCGUCGCGUCGAAGAACGGAGAAGUCUCCGAGUGGGACGGGCGUGUUGGACGCGUUGUCGCUCGGUGGGUGGAUGCCGGAGCCGUCGGCACGACUGUUCUCAGCCUUGGAGGACGCUCCGGACGUACGCAGCUUGGAGGCGAUCGCUGGGUGGCGAUCGGUUCUUCUAGUGGUAUUGUCAACGUUUACGAUCGUCGCGAAUGGGCUGCUGCGUACGCAAAUGCUUCUGCCGCCGAGAAGGACUCGCCGGCUCAGGCUGGCAUCCCGCGUAGCCCUGCGCCUGUGCGUGUCUUGGACCAGCUUACUACUCCUAUCAGCCACCUGGUGUUUGCGCCUGAUGGACAGAUGAUGGUGAUGGCUAGUCGUUGGAAGCGUGAUGCUCUACGUCUCGUUCACCUUCCUACUUGUACGGUAUACCGUAACUGGCCCACUUCCAACACACCCUUGGGUCGGAUUUCCUCUGUGGCCAUUUCGCCAAACUCUGAGCAGUUGGCGGUUGGCAAUGAACAGGGUGGCAUCCGUAUGUGGGAGAUUCGGGGUUAG